GAGAGGCAAGUGCUUCAACAAUGUGGGACAACAAUGCUUGGAUUUUCUUUUAUGACAACAGUACAGAGGGGGAACCUCCUUUCUUAAUACCAGAUUUUAUUCAUGCCUUCCAACCAAAUGCAAAGCUGAUUGUUAUGCUUAGAGAUCCUGUUGAAAGAUUAUAUUCUGAUUAUCUCUACUUUGCAAGUGCUAAUAAAUCUGUAGAAGACUUCCAUGAAAAAGUGGCUGACUCAUUACAACUCUUUGAGAAUUGCUUGACAGAUUUCUCUUUGAGAGCCUGUGUGUACAACAACACUCUUAAUAAUGCCAUGCCAGUAAGACUUCAGGUUGGUCUGUAUGCUGUUUUCCUCCUUGACUGGCUGGCGGUUUUCAAUAAAGAUCAAAUAUUAGUGCUCCGAUUGGAGGAUCAUGCAUCCAAUGUAAAAUUAACUAUGCACCUAGUGUUCCAGUUUCUUGAUUUAGGUGCUCUAAGCGAAAAACAAGAAGCUCUAAUUACUAAAAGUCCGGCAUCAAACACUAGAAGACCAGAAGAUCGGAAUCUAGGUCCUAUGUUGCCUGUCACAAAAGAAAUUCUGUGUGACUUCUAUCAGCCUUUCAACAAAAAACUUGCCGAAGUUCUUUCUGAUGAAGCUUUUUUAUGGAAAAAGUCCUGAUUCGACCAUUUGAGAGCCACCACUGCAGUGCUUGGAGAGAGAAAUAUAUAUUUUAGAAAACUCUUGUUUUUCAAAUGUAAAUAAUUGCCAUUGUAAAGUUAGUGAAAUCUGCAUUUUCAUGUUUCUCUCACUUGCUAUUAUACAAUAUUCUUUUCCACACUGGAGCCCUUCAAGUGUGUUAGGGCUAUAAUCCCCAGAACUUAAGUCAGGGUGGAACUCAGUAUUAAGGAAUGCUGGAAUAUGAACUGGAUUUCCAAAGACGAAUAUAAUGAUUUUUGCAAUUUUUUUCUCAACAAAAGAAGAGCGCACAGAUACGUUUGGUUGAAGCAAUCUUAAGUCCUCUGGUUUUAAAAUAACUGUAUUAUAUUACAGAAAUGAGCACUAGAUACCUAAAACGCACAUUCGUUCACACUUUUAAGUAUACCUUGCAAUAUUUGGAACCUGCUUAAGACGGCUUUUUAACCAUUAAAAGUUAAUUAAUUUUAACCUAGUGGUUUGAUUUUUCUUUGACACACUAUAUUUACUUUAAAUGAGGAUGACUCCAAAAUUCCCAAAUUCCCAAAGAAUAUUAGACA